AUGACGCCACCCGCGACACCCAAUGGCUCGCAGGAAGAUCUGGCUGCGCAGAUGCCGCCGCCAGUAUUCCACAACUUCCUGCGGGCCUUCUACCCUUUCCACCCGAGCUAUGCCAUGACCGAUUCGAGCGUCACCCUGCCAUUGAAUGAGGGCGACGUCAUCCUCGUGCACUCUAUCCACACCAACGGAUGGGCCGAUGGCACUUUGUUGGUAUCGGGCGCAAGAGGAUGGCUUCCUACCAACUACUGCGAAGCAUACGAUCCCGAGGAGAUGCGGAAUCUUUUGAAAGCGUUGCUCAACUUCUGGGACUUGCUGCGCAGCACUUCAGUCAAUGACAGCGAAAUCUUUGGAAACCAGGAGUUCAUGAAGGGCAUCAUAGCUGGAGUGCGAUAUCUUCUGGAACGCACACACUGCUUGACGAAAGAAUCAGCCAUCAUCACCCGCAACGAAAACCUGAGGCGCGUGAGGAAAACAUUACUCUCCGAGCUGUCAGCUCUAGUGAAGACAGCAAAGAGGCUACAGGAAGCGCAACGGGGUGUCUUGAACCCCCCGGAGGACAUUAACGACAUCAUCGACGAGAUGAUUCUCAAGGCCUUCAAGAUCGUAACCAAAGGCGUGCGGUUCUUCGAUAUCCUCGAAGACGAUCGACGACAACGAGCCCCCGCGGUGACCGUCAUGGCGACCGUCAUCGAAGAAUCCUACGUCCCCCCGACGCCACCUGCAGAUCAGACUAAGUUUGAUGGAAACCACCAUGCAGCGUCCCGAAUGACAAACGGAACACCCGCCAGGGGUGCGCCAUCUCAGCCGGUCGCCGACGCAGGACAGCCGUCUCCCGCACCAGCGAACAGGCGUCUGUCGACUCUUUAUUCGCCUGCCAGCCCCAACUCGCACCGAUUGUCUCAGAAUGUCCAACGGCUGUCAUCUACCAUUUCGCAUCGCGUCUCAUUGGCUGGGCCUUCGCCGCUGUCAAGACCGCAUCACCUUGUCUCGGAACGCCUCAACAAGAGCCACGACACCUUUUUGUCCCACCUGGGCUCGUUCAUUGGUCGUCUGCAUCUGCAGUCUCAAUCUCGGCCGGAAUUGGCGUUCGCCAUCAAACUCUCAGCCACCUCCGGCGGUGAGCUUUUGGCCGUCGUCGAUGUUGUUUGUGGACAUGGCACCAGCUCGCCCAUGCUUUCUCGCGCUCGGGAAAUGAUGUUCGAGCGGAUUCGAGAGUUGGUUUCGGCGGCAGGUCAGAUCAUCCGUCACGCAGUGUUGCAAGACGCCGACGUCCUUAUGCCGCAGGACAACAGCCUCCUGCUAAUGGCGGCAACUGGCUGCGUCAAGGCAGCAGGCGAGUGCGUGGCCAAGACUAAAUGGGUGAUUGAGCGCGUAGGCGACUUCGAGUGCGAGUUCGAGGCCGGUGAACUGGGCAUCGACCUCAGCGUGUUGGACCUUGCUCCGGAACCUCAUUACCGACGACCUUCUAUCGCACCGUCUCUCGCGGAGACUGCAACGACUGAGGCGACUAGCGUCGCAGAGUCAUUUAGGAGUACUGACUCUGUCAUGUCUGUUGUGCCGCCAACGCCCCACCGACUUGUCGCGAACGACAAGCCGUUGCCUCAACUUCCGCAGACCGAAUCACCGGCAGAUGAAGACUCUCGACGCCGUCGGCCAUCAUCUCAAAACUCUACCGGGCAAAAUUCACGACCGUCCUCUCUUACCGAUGACAACAACUCGAGCGUUGCGUCCUCCAUUUCGUCAAUUCGCCCGACUCUACCUCCACUUCCCAAACUCUCUACAUCCCUGCUUCAGGGAGAUGAGUAUGGCUCCAUUGAAAACGUGGGCAACGAAAGUGACUACUCCAAUCGCUCUCGUGUUGACAGCAUGACGGCCUCCAGUGCUGGCAGCAGCAGCACAUACCUAAGCCGGGACUCGGAAGCAAGCCUUGUUUCCCAAACCUCCACUCGUGCGACAACUCCGGACCACACCUUGGCCCCGAAGAGCAAGCCGUCCAUGUCAGAGCUUAGCAACGCUGGCAGUGCGAACAACCAUGAGGAGGUUGACGAUCUCGAGUCGAGGAUGCUCGAGAAGACCUACGCUCACGAGCUCAUGUUCAACAAGGAGGGCCAGGUUACCGGCGGCUCCCUCGCCGCCCUCGUCGAGCGCCUGACAACGCACGAGUCUACUCCCGACGCGACCUUCGUUUCGACAUUUUAUCUUACGUUCCGUUUGUUCUGCAGCCCCAUCAAGUUGGCUGAGACUCUAAUUGACCGAUUCCACUACGUUGCCGAGGCACCUCACAUGGCUGGCCCGGUCCGACUGCGCGUUUACAAUGCCUUCAAGGGAUGGCUCGAGUCUCACUGGCGUGACGAGACCGAUCGCGAAGCUCUUAGUCUGAUUGAGCCUUUCGCUGAGUUUGAGCUCGGAGGUGUGCUUCCUUCUGCAGGCCGGCGUCUUCUGGAGUUGGCUCAGCGCGUCUCGAACGACGGCUCGCUCGUUCCUAGACUGGUGUCUUCCAUGGGCAAGACCAACACGUCAAUCGCCCAAUAUGUUCCGGCCGACACACCACACCCACAGGUGGCCAUCACCAAGAGCCAAUUCUCGCAUCUCUUGUCCUGGAAGAACGGCGGCAGCAACCCUACAAUUCUCGAUUUCGACCCACUCGAGAUUGCUCGUCAGCUCACCAUUAAGCAGAUGAACAUCUUCUGCUCGAUCAUGCCCGAGGAGCUGCUCGCAUCGCAGUGGAUGAAGAAGGGCGGUGUUAACGCUCCCAACGUCAAGGCCAUGUCUGCGUUGUCCACCGAUCUGUCCAACCUGGUUGCGGAGACCAUUCUCCAGUACUCCGAGGUCAAGAAGCGAGCUGCGGUUAUCAAGCAGUGGAUCAAGGUUGCCCACCAAUGCCUCGAGCUUCACAACUAUGACGGUCUCAUGGCCAUUAUCUGCAGCUUGAACAGCAGUACUAUCAGCCGUCUCCGAAAGACUUGGGACGCUGUCUCUGUCAAGCGCCGCGAGAUGCUCCGCACGCUCCAGGCGAUUGUCGAGCCUGCCCAAAACAACAAGGUUCUUCGAACCCGUCUUCACGAUCACGUCCCCCCUUGCUUGCCCUUCCUCGGCAUGUAUCUGACCGAUUUGACGUUUGUUGAUAUCGGAAACCCCGCCACGAAGCAGAUUCCCACUCUCAGUGGUGAUGGCUGCGAGGAGAAUGGUGGUGGCUUGACUGUGGUGAACUUCGACAAACACACCAGAACGGCGAAGAUCAUUGGUGAACUUCAGCGGUUCCAGAUCCCAUACCGACUCAACGAACUUCCUGAGAUGCAGGACUGGAUAACGGCUCAGAUCGUCCGCCUGCGCGAGAGCGACCAAGGCAACGUCCAGGUCAGCUACUACCGCAAGAGUCUGCUGCUGGAGCCCCGCGAGUUGGCCAUGCGUGCUCCGGUUGAGCCUCAGGCCAGCACCACGAGCAACACCCAGCAAAGCGCCAACCUCUUUGGCUGGAUGAGCCGAGACCGUGGCGCGGCCACACCCACCCCGGCCUCUUGA